AUGAUUGUCGCUGGCAUUGCAGCUCGCGCAGUGGAUCUGCUUCCUGCUGCAGCCAGAGUUCGAAACCACGCCUCGAUCGCCGCGUUGGCCCCUGCAGCCUACCGCGCUCAGCCGGGUCGUUGCACUGACACUUUUAGCAGCGGCAGUCGCAUUCGAGCUGUGCCAAGCGCUGCUGGCCGUCGCGGAAUCUCGAGCUCAGUGCAUCCUCAGCAAGCCAAGCAAGCCAAGCCAGCCAAGCAAGCCAAGCAAGCCACCCCGCUGUCCAAGGCCCCCGAGUCUGGCUCGUCAUCAUCAUCAUCACAGGCAUCGUCGUCACAAGCAUCGUCGCUGCAGGGUAGCGCAAGAACGAAGCAGAAGCGGUCGACUUUGAGCUCCAUCUCAAGCACUGCGACUGACAGCACGACUGAGACUCUUGACAGUGAUAGUACCGAUAGUAACACUAGGACAAAGGUGAGAUUGAGAUAG